AUGUCGAAGAAUCGGGCACUCAGCGCUGCCAUCGUCGCCUUCUUGGUCACCGGAUCUGUCAGCAUUGUAGUCUACUCCCAGACUCGUGGGGUCUUUGGAAAGAAGAGGAAGAGGCGGGCAAGAAAGUCACAGAGCGGUGCUCGUACAGAUGUCGUUGUCAUUGCAGGAGCUGUAGCCAAUCCUUUGACGAGUGCUGUAUACCUUGAGCUCGAGAGGCGAGGUUUUAUCGUCUACGUCGUGGCUCACAGCUCCGACGAUGAGCGCUAUAUCCGCUCCCAGUCCCGCGCCGACCUGAUACCAUUAUCACUUGACCUUAAUGACCCCUUCACCGCGCAGAACCAGACGAUUCAGUUUCAGAAUUUGCUUGCACGGGACCACUUUGCUUACGACGGCGCUGGGCCUCAUCGUCUCCAUUUCGCUGGUCUCAUUCUCGUACCGGACACACAGUAUCCUGCCGCACGUAUCGAGGACAUCACUCCGGAGGAAUGGAGCGAUGCGCUCCACGCAAAACUCCUCCCCACCAUCAGCAUCACAACUCACCUCCUCCCCUCCAUCCAGCUUCACCACGCUAACAUCCUCCUCCUCACACCUUCUGUCACACCUGCUCUUCGCCUACCAACCCACAGCAUCCAAAGCACCCUCUUCAGCGCUCUCACCGGCUUCCUCGCCUCGCUCUCCACCGAAUUGCCCUUAACAAGCUCAAUCUCACACUUUAAACUUGGCGAUAUCGACAUUCCCUCCGUGACCGCUCGACAACGUCGCGACGGCACCUCCCAGCCUCCUCCGCGCUUCAAACCUACUCCUCUUCGCACGCUGCACAAUUCUCUCUUCGACGCGCUCGUCGCACCGGCUCCCCGGAGAGUCUACUACGUCGGCCGCGGAAGCUUCACAUAUGAGAUCAUCGGGAAGUUCGUCCCGCCGGCCUGGAUCGGUUGGAUGAUGGGU